AUGACUAUCCAACUCGAGCGCUCCUCACACGGCUGGAAAUGUGAACAAUGCGGACUCCCCGGAGUGCGUCUAUCCACAAGCUCAGGCUCCAAUGAUGCCGGCAGUCGGGCAUACUACAAAUGCGUCCCAUGCAAUCGCUCCUUGGGCCCUUGCCCUUGCACCACACCAGGAGCCAGAACGACCUCAACGUGUCCGUGCAGUGAUAUCGAGGCCGAAUCGUCAGGAGACGAGCAAGUGCCUCGUCGUCUUUCCAACGCGGAUUUCGUGUCCGAGGAGGAUUGGGAGGCAAAUUGCAGCCCCGGCUUCAUGGUCUCAAGAUUCAAGGCUCAAGGCAAGGAAUUGCUUCUCUGGCCUUGA